AUGAGUAUAAAAAAUAAAAUUGACAUGAGCCUUGAUGAGCUCAUAGAAAAGGAAAACAUAAAAGUCACCCAGAAAGGGCCAAAUGAAAAAAAGACUGUUAACAAGUCGAUUGAAAAAAACACAGGGCAAAAGUUCCUGCACAGUAUAAUCAUCUCAAAUGUGAAUAGUAACAAUUUGGAGUUGUACAAAAAGGAAUUUAGCAAAUUUGGAAAAAUUUAUAACAUCUACCAUGACAGUGAGAAGAAGAUAACAUACGUAAAAUAUGAUAAUAAGAAUUCCUGCGACAAUGCCAUAAAGUCCAUGAACGGGAACCCCCUGGAUGGGGACACCAUAACGAUAGUAUUGGGAAAGAAAAUACCGGACAAGAAGAACAAUAAGGGUGCCAACCAGAACAAUAAUGUUAAUAAUAAUAACCACAACCCGAAGCACAAUAAAAUUAUCCCUCAUUUUAAAAUGCCCAUGUACAACCCCAACGGUCCCUACCCCUACUAUAUGAAUAAUAAUCACGGAAACUACCACCCGCCCCCCUAUGGCCAAGUGCCCUACCAGAGCCCCUACCAGGGUAACAUGUUCGACAAGGGCAUGCCCCCCUUUGGCAGCGGGGCGAAGCACGUUUACGAUAACCAAAAGAAUAACACCAUCAUAGUGACCAACGUCCCCACGUACCUGAACGCUGAAGACAUUUUUUCCGCCUUCCAGGAGACGGGCAAAAUCGUCGACGUGCAGAUCCUCAUGAAUGAAAAGAGAAAGCUAACAGGGAUUGUUAGCAUCGAGUACGAAAAAAACGAGUCAGCAUCGGAUGCAGUGCGCAUGUACGAUGGUGGUUUUUUAAACGACAACAGGAUUAGGGUUUUCCUGGACUGUCGCUAA